CCUCAUGUCCUCAGUCCUGCAUGUCAACCUCUGCCUAUGUUAAUAUCUUUCCGUGGUCAUGAACUAUACUGGUUCGAGCGUCGGGAAUUUCUUGAAGCCUCUGGAUACCGCCUGCGACCCAAGUUUCAUCCAGACUACAUACCAAAUGCAGGAUGGGAAGCCGUUCGGGAAUAUUUAGCCUCUCAUUUCAAGGCCUGUAUCAUGGAUGCGCGUCGUAUCUCGGACGACAAGCCGGUUAUACUCAAGACAGUCGUCGCCGGUGAUCAUCCUUAUGAAGUCGAGAUUGCCACACUGUUCUCCUCGCCUGCUCUUUCCGGUCAUCCAAGAAAUCACUGCAUUCCUAUUCUAGGGACGCUGCAAGACCCAGAUGACGCUGGCUUGCAAAUACUGGUUAUGCCUCGACUCAUUAGCUUUUUAACGCCCGAGUUCGACACUGUAGGGGAGGUUGUUGACUGCUUUCGACAAUUGUUUGAAGGAUUCGAAUUCAUGCAUGAAAAUUUCGUGGCUCAUCGGGACUGUAGCUUCCUCAACAUCGUUCAAGAUCCAACCCGUUUGUUUCCUUCAGGGUAUCAUCCGGUAAUUACCGCGCAAGACCCCGCGGCGCAUUGGAAUGCGCACCAUAUCACUCGGACGGAGUGCUGGCCACGGUACUUUGUGAUUGACUUCGGGCUCUCCAGACACUACGAUCCAGCGGAAGGGCCGCCACUUGAAUACGUCAUCAUUGGAGGAGACAAAUCGCCUCCGGAAUAUAGAACCCAUCAGCUGUGCAAUCCAUUCCCAACGGACAUCUACUGCCUGGGCAACCUUCUGAAGAGAUACUUCCUCUUUUCUGGGAAAAGCAAGUACAAGGGCAUGAUUCGGCCAUCUCUCCAAUUCUUAGAGCCCCUUGUGACAGCUAUGACGCUGCCAGAACCCUCAUUGCGACCCACUAUCGGUGAAGUCUGCCAAAAGUUCGAUGAACUAUGUAGUGGCUUGACCCAGCGACAGCUGCGUCAGCCAGGCCAACGACAUUAUUUCGGUCCCUUUCAACGUAUCCGGCAACUUUGGCGGACAGCAUUCUUUGUCCGCCCCAUUCCUCCUUACACUCCUCGAAGAGAUCGGCCCAAAUUGACUCAAGAAAUGCAUGACUUCUACACGAAGAUUCCCCUGGACAAAGGCGAUUAUCUUUGGCCGACACCGAAACCCAAUCGUGCAAGAGCUUGA